GCAGAGGGCGCAGCCUGCACGGCGCACGGCCUGGACCCGUGGGGUCGCCGCGCGGGCCCCAGCCAUGGCGGAAAGCGGCCGGACGCCGCAGGCCCGGGCGCUCCUGCAGCAGUGCCUGCACGCCCGGCUGCAAGUGCGCCCCGCCGAGGGGGACUCCGCGGCCCAGUGGGUGGAGAUUCAGAGAGGAUUAGUGAUCUACGUGUGCUUUUUCAAGGGAGCUGAUAAAGAACUUCUUCCAAAAAUGGUUAAUACUCUGUUAAAUGUGAAAUUAAGUGAAACCGAAAAUGGCAAGCUCGUCUCUAUAUUGGAUCUACCUGGCAACGUUCUUAUCAUUCCUCAAGCCACCCUUGGGGGGAAAGUGAAAGGAAGAAGCAUGCAGUAUCACUCUAACUCUGGGAAAGAAGAAGGGUUAGAACUCUAUUCCCAAUUUGUGAUUCUCUGUGAAAAAGAAUUGGCUGCGAACAGCAAGUGUGCCGAAGCUGGGGUUGUGGUGGAACAUGGCACUUACGGGAACAGGCAGGUGUUAAAGCUGGAUACCAAUGGACCAUUCACUCACCUGAUUGAGUUUUGAGAAAUUAAAAGUUUCUACAGUUGUUUUCUGGUAUGAGGUGAUCUGGACUAUAAUUAGAUUCCCCUUUCCCACCUUCUUCUUGAAUAUGAUAAUCUGAAGCAUUUUUAGACAAGAAAAUCCUGGCUCCCAUCCAUAACUCUGCAACUUGCUAAUUGAAUGAACUUGCCCACCACUUGUACUCUGGAUCUCAGUCACCUUUCAUUCUGUUUUCCCCUACACUUCGACUUGAAACUUUGAGAAAUGCUUUCUAUUCACUUUAUGGUCAUUGUGAAAAUGUUCUUAGCUGUUAUGUGUUUUGCAAAUGAAGAAUUUUGUGCAAUCAAGAAAAAUAUAUUUCUUAUACCCUCAAAUUUAUGUAGUAUGUAAUAAAAAUAACUAUUAAAAUUAGUUAAAAUCCAGCACAAACCAAUUAUAAUCUUGUCAGUUUUGUUUUACUAUUCAGUUUUCUAUAUUUUUGAAUGAAAGAAUAUGCAAUUUACUAUUCCUUUUAAUACCUAUGAAAAUGUAAUAUAGAAAUGUUACUGUGUAUUAUAAUAUUACUUUCCAAGGGUAUCCAAGUGUUUUUAAAUUAUUUUAAGAAUCUUUAUUUGAUAUAGGAACAAGGUAUGGGGAAUUAAAAGUUGUUUUUAUUUACUAUAUCAAUGGG